AUGCCAGUCGCGUGCCCCACCUUCCUUUCGGCUCACUGCCCCAACUGCGCGCACAACGCUGCUCGCUACGCUGGCAUCGACCCAGUCCGGCGCCGAUCGGACAGCACAGACCUUCCUAUUGUCACCACCGCCGGCGGCAGGCGGUACGUGCUGUCUGAGGAGGGCCUCGAGUACGACGUGGUCGUGCGCGCCGCCGACCGCAGCCUCCUGCCGGUGCAGCCGGGCUUUGUCCUGGGGGUGGACUUGAAGGUGGAUGGUCAAAAGGUUGGUUACUGGUACACAAUCGGCUACGACAACGGGCGGUGGCUGGAGCAGGCAAAGUUUGAGGGCUUCUGCACGCAGAUUGGCGGCCAGGCGGGCGUGGCCGGGGACGCGUAUCAGACCACCUACCAGCGGUUUAGAUUUGCGAGGGCCGACCCGUCGCAGGAUGCAGGGCCAGAGGUCACUGACCCCGAGCAGAUCAAGGCCGGCCGCAUCGAGGUGACGGUGUCCUGGUAUGUCGAGACCGGCACGCGACAGGGGCCCCCAAACCCUGGGAUUGGUGUCGGGAACAACGCGGCUCUUGGUCACCUGCCAGAGGGCAAGAAGUUUUUCCUGGCGCCCAGCCUGAAGACAGAGAGGGGCCGUGCAGACAGCCUGGCUGUCAACUGGAACAAGAGGUCAUUUGCUGUUGUGGACGCCCUGGGCGUGAUGGAGCUGCGCUACGAGACAGCGUCCACUCUCAUGCUGCGCAAGGCCCUGGACAAGGACAACCCCGCACACAGGCAGCUGCUGCGCGCCAGCCGGGACCCCGGCGUGCGGGCUCUCUUGGGACACGGCAGCGACGAAGGGGUGCGCGAGGGUGUGCGGCAGCAGCAGAGGUUGACAACACAGGACGGAGCUGGCGGCAGCGGCGCUCAGCAGCAGCAGCGGCGGCAACGGCAGCAGCAGCAUCCUGGCGUAAAGCGGGAGCGGGGCUCGGGGAGGGCGGGGCAAGAUGAAUCAGUGGCAGAGUCUCCGGCGCAUGCAUCACUUGUCAAGCACGAGCAGGGGUGUGGCGGUGCCAGCGGCAGUGGGGGUGGCAGCGCGUUCCUGGACCUGACAAAACCCCAGGAGAUGCCUUUGAGGGUGGGGGGCCGCGAGGUCAAGACCGACGAGAUUGCGGUGUGCGACCUGCUGGACUCUGACGGCGAGGAGGAUGGCGCGGCGCCGCGGUGGGAGGUGCGCAAGCGGCAGGCGGUGGACCUGGACGGCGCAUGA